CAGUGCACAACCUGGGAACCGUUAUUUUCCAGCUCAUUUUCUCCGCCAGCCUGUGCAUUCUUCGCCCCCUAUAAAAGCUCUCAAGCCCAACCCACCUGAAUCCCCCAACCCUCCGUCUCUUUCCUCCUCAUCCAGCCAGCCAAUGGACCCUUGCUCCUUCGUUCGGGUCCUCGUCGGCAACCUCGCUCUCAAGCUCCCAGUCGCCUCCCGCCCCGCCGGCUCCGGCGUUCACCCCUCCUCCACCCCAUGCUUCUGCAAAAUCACCCUUCAAAAUCACUCCCAUCAGAUCGCCCCAUUACCUCUCCAAGAUUCAUCACCUGAUUCCGGGAUCGCCGCCGCAUUCCACCUCAGCGGGGAUGAGAUCGAGCGGCAGGGUUCCAAGUCGAAGCUGAAGGUAGCAAUCUAUACGGGCAGACGCGGAUCCACCUGUGGGGUGAGCUCCGGUCGUCUGCUAGGGAAAGUGAAGAUUCCGAUUGAGCUCAAGGCGGAUGACAGACCUGUCGUGUUCUAUUCUGGAUGGAUCGGAGUUGGGAAAUCCAGCAAAGGGGCGCUCGCGCAGCUACAUCUUGUUGUGAAAUCGGAGCCUGAUCCGAGGUUUGUUUUCGAGUUUGGGGGCGAGCCGGAGUGCAGUCCCCAGGUUUUUCAGAUUCAGGGUACUCUUCGUCAGCCGGUCUUUACCUGCAGAUUCUCUUGCCGCAACACAAGCUCCGAUCGGAGCUUCAGAUCCAGAUCGUUUUCCACCGAGAUUGGAAACCGAAAGAGGUGGCUGAAGAUGUUCGGAUCGGAGAGUGAAAAACCGGGAAAAGAGAGGAAAGGAUGGUCCGUAACUGUCCACGAUCUCUCCGGCUCACCAGUGGCUAUGGCAUCAAUGGUAACCCCUUUCGUUGCCUCUCCCAACACGGACCGCGUUAGCCGGAGCAAUCCCGGGGCGUGGCUCAUUCUCUGCCCCGAAGAUCUCACAUGGAAGCCAUGGGGCCGUCUCGAGGCCUGGCGCGAGCGCGGCAACGAAGCUCUUGGGUACCGCUUCGAGCUCCUUCCCGACGGCGUUAUUCUCGCCGAGUCCGCCAUUAACAGCUACAAGGGAGGUCGCUUCAGCAUAGACCUCACCGGUAGCGGUGGAAGCCCGAGAGGAAGCGGAGAGUUGGGUUAUCUUGGGUUUGUGAUGUCGUCGACGGUGGGCGGUGAAGGGAGGCUGGAGAGCCGGCCGGUGGUGGAGGUUGGGGUUCAGCAUGUGGGAUGCACAGAGGAUGCGGCUGCGUUUGUUGCUCUUGCGGCAGCCAUUGAUCUGAGCAUUGAUGCUUGUCAGCCUUUCUCAGAUAAGCUUCGGAAGGAGCUGCAAGCGCAGGUCGCCGGGGGGGAGCUUGAUGGUGGGUUCUCGUGAUUUGGGUGUCAGAUUGGGUGCCUCUUUUUUUUUCUGUGCAUAGUGAGAUGGAGUUUUCUGGUUGUGACAAAUGUACAGGCAAUUUUGGGUGCUGUUUGGGUGCAAGUGUAAUUUGAAUUGGUUUUUUUUUUUCUUUUUUUCCUUUGACAUGGGAAUUAAAAAUUUGCAUUUGAAAUUUACA